AUGAGAGUUCUGGAAUUUACCAGCCUGUGGUGCCUUUUAGCAACCCAUGUACAGGCUAAGUAUGUCUGGCCCGCUAAAAGUGACUUUCUGGAAGAUUUAUACGCCAUGCAAGAUGGCACGAUCCGAUUUGGCUUCACAGAUUUGGUUGUGCCUUGCGGCUUCAAUUCCAACGAGCUUGGAAGACAGCUUGCUGCCGAGUGGAUCAGGACUGUAUUCCACGAUACAAUCACGCACGACAAGGCUAGAGGCACAGGCGGCCUUGAUGCCUCAAUCAUGUUCGAGACACACCGUGAUGAGAACAACGGAGCCGCUUUCAACCAUACACUAUCGGAACUCCACGAAUUUGUCUCUCCUCGCUCAAGUGGAGCUGAUAUGCUGGCUCUGAGUCUAGUAUCAUCUGUCGCCAGUUGUGGUGGCCAGAAGGUGCCGCUCCGCAUGGGUCGCAUCGAUGCUACUCAAGCGGGAAAGGCUGGUGUACCCAAGCCCGAGCACAACCUCAAGAGUGCCAUGUCAGCCUUCACCAAGGCUGGUUUUACCCAACCGGAGAUGAUUGCUCUGGUGGCUUGUGGUCACACCAUUGGGGGCGUUCACAGCACUGAGAAUCCGAAAAUUGCGGGAGGAAAGCCGUCUCCCUCUAACAAGCCCAAGUUUGACAGCACUUCUGAUGAAUUUGAUAAUGUGGUCGUGAAGGAGUACCUUGGAAGUAACGGCGCGAACCCUCUGGUGUUUGGUCGCAACGAGACUACAAACUCGGACAAGCGCAUCUUUGGAUCCGACAAAAAUGUCACUAUGACCAAGAUGAAGGAUCCUCAAACCUUCCAGAAGACUUGCGCGACUGUUUUUGAACGCCUCAUCGAUACUGUUCCAUCAGCUGUCAAGCUGAGUGAACCUAUCGAGCUCGUCGAUGUCAAGCCAUAUAUCGACAAGCUGGAGCCUGCCACAAAUCAAUCUCGUGUUGUCUUGGAGGGCAAAAUUCGUGUUCGUACAAGCCAGGGAACCAACCGCGAUGCUGAUACGCUCCAGGUCUCAUUGACACUUCUUUCCAGGAAGGGGAAAAGAACAACAGUUAGAGCUUCUCGCCUGCUUGGCGGCGGCCAAUCUUUCGGCUUCUUCAACGAAGUCUUCACAUGGUAUCAGUUUGCUACAGAGUAUGACGCUACAAUGGAUCUCCAAGCAUUCGAUAUUCACCUCAAGUCGGGCGAUGCCAAAGAGGUUGUUCUCAACAACCAAGGUACUGGUGGAUAUCCUAUCCAAGAUGAACUCCUCUUCGUGCAAUCUAAGUCCUGCCUAGACAGCAAUGUCCGGGAUGGGAACUUGACUGUUACCGUUGAGGCUGCCAUACGAAAUGAUGUUGUCGUUAAAAAUAAGGCUCCCGUCAUUCAGAUGGCCCACAAGAUCUCACAACCUGGAGCAAUGCUACCGCGAAUCUCUGUCCAGCCUUCGCAGAUGAAAGUGGUGAGAGGCAAGGCAAGCCCACAUCAUACCCACUAUGUGGCCAAAAUCAACAUUAACGCUAGAGAGGCAUCAACUACUUUUGAUAUUCAGUACGGCUCUAUAACAUCCGACUUUCAUUGGACUAAUCGGGAUCUGGGUUCUUGCUAA